UUCUCCUCAGGGUUUGAUGUGCUUUGAGUCGUGAAUCAUUAUGCUGCUACACCUGUGUAGUGUAAAGAACCUGUACCAGAGCAGGUUUCUGGGUCUGGCGGCCAUGGCCUCGCCGUCACGGAGCUCUCAGAGCCGGCGUCGGUGUAAGAGCGAGACACGCUUCAGCUCGGCUCGAUCCACCAGCGACACGGACCUGGUGUCCUUACAGAGCCGCUCCACGCUGACCGUCAGCUCCUCCCUCUACUGCAUCGGCCAAUCAGAAGACAUGCUCAUCUGCUGGGACAUCAGAGAGGAAGUGGACGCCGGAGACUGGAUCGGCAUGUACCUCAUCGACGAGGUUCUGUCAGAAAACUUUCUGGACUAUAAGAGUCGUGGUGUGAGCGGCUCCCACAAAGGCCAGAUCGUGUGGAGAAUCGAUGCCAGCUUGUACUUCAUGGAGGCUGAGACCAAGGUGUGCUUCAAAUACUAUCAUGGUUUGAGUGGAGCGCUUAGAGCCACGACACCGAGCGUGACGGUGCGAAACCCCUCUGCCAAUGCGCUGAAGCCUGUCAUCAGUCAGGAGCUUCCUCAGACUCUGGGCAGCAGGAGACUCAUCAGCUUCUCUCUGUCAGACGUUCAGGCAGUGGCUCUGAAGAAGGGAAUGUUCUUCAAUCCUGACCCGUAUCUGAAGAUCUCCAUCCAGCCUGGAAAGCACAGCAUCUUCCCUGCGCUGCCUCACCACGGUCAGGAGAAACGCUCAGGCAUCAUCUGCAACACGGUCAACCCCGUCUGGAAGAGAGAGCGAUUUAACUUUGUGUCCCUGCCGACGGACGUUUUGGAGAUAGAGGUUAAAGAUAAAUUUGCCAAGAGCAGACCCAUCAUCAAACGCUUCCUGGGAAAGUUAGUUGUGCCGGUGCAGAGGCUGCUGGAGAAACAUGCUAUCGGGGACCGUGUGGUGAGUUACACUUUAGGCCGACGGCUUCCAACAGAUCAUGUCAGCGGCCAGCUGCAGUUUCGUUUCGAGAUAACCUCAUCGAUUCAUCCAGAUGAUGAGGAGGUGUCCUUCAAUGUAAUGCCAGUCUUUGAUAUGACCCCUGACCAGCAGCUUGAGCAGGAGCCCAACGAGGAUCUACCACCUGCUCCUGAUCUGCCUCUGGAGGACGCAUUGAGUUUGGGACCUGAUAUUCUGGAGGCGCCUGCCGAAAGUCCUCCAGAGGUAGAGACCCAUGAUGCCUUACUGCUUACCUCUCUAGCUGAGCCCAGUAAGGAUAUCCAACCAGAAGCAGAAGGAUCAGCUGAUGAGCUUGUAACAGCUCAAGGAGAAACACAAUUGAGUGAUGCCACUCAAGGAGAAACUGCGGAGCAAGAACCCGGAAAAACAGAGUCCGAGGAGAUGCAGGAGGAAACUGUGGCUGAGACUCUUUUAGAGGUACUGGAGAACCAUGAGGCUGAAGACACAGGUGAACCGCCUGGAAUGGGACCAGCUGCAGAGCAUGCAGAUGUGGAAGGAGGCACAAGCUCAGAGCAGGUUGACACGAGUGUGGAAAGAGACGAGAAUGAUGAAGAACCCUGUUCGCCAAGGAUGCGAAGUGCCUUGAAGCGCAAGAGCCGGCCCUGUUCACUUCCCGUGUCCGAGUUAGAGACGGUCAUCACCUCGGCCUGUGAGGAACCAGAGACGCCACGUUCUCACUACAUCCGCAUUCAUCAUCUACUGCACAGCUUGCCAUCAGCUCAGUGCCACAAUGACAGCCAAGAUGAAGACGAGAUACUUGACCCAGAAUCUUCAGAAGAAGUCACUGUGAAACCCCAAGAGGACAAAGAGGAAGAAGACGAGGUGUCUGAAGCACAGUCUCCAUCCAUUGUGCCCGAGUGUCCUAGACCUUGUUGCAGGCGUACUCUACCACGUAGCCUCUCCAUCGAGCGCCUCUCUGAACUCAACCAACUUUUGGAGGGCGAAAGACCCUCACCUUCCACAGUACGACUGGAAAGUGAACACAUGGAAGUGGGUGGUGGAGUCGGAAGCAGGAGGGAACCUCGAGAGAGUGAGUGCGAACUGUGUGACAACUCCUGCUACAGCACUUCCUGUUACAGCACAUCCUGUUACAGCACUUCCUGUUACAGUAACUCAGGUUACGAGGGGCGUAACCACCUUUGCAGCCAUACACGUCUCUCUUCGGUUGACAGCACCCGCCUGUCGGAGAGCACCGUUUUCUCCUCGCAGGAGGAAGAGGAGGAGGAGAACAGCGCUUUUGAGUCCAUCUCGGACUCGAUACAGAGUCCAGAUAUAAGGGAGCCAGGAGACAGGUCAGUUCAUUGGAGGGCGUCAUCAUCAGAAGAAAGUCCGCAGAGAGAAGGGGAGGUGGAGAUGUCACCAGUACCUGGGCCUAGUUUUAGGUCAUCAGGCAGUUGUCAUGUGCAAUGCCGUCAUCAUGCAAUCACUCAGCUUCCUGCUUUGCGGCCUGAUCCCCAUCAUUACCCAAGUGUUGAUGAACCAUUACCACAAAACUGGGAGGCCAGGAUAGACAGUCAUGGCCGUGUUUUCUACGUGGACCAUGUGAACCGCACCACCACGUGGCAGAGGCCCAUCCAUGCAGCCAAAUGCAGCAGCAUCCGGAGAUCCGGCUCCACUCACCAGAUGGAGCAGCUCAACCGGAGGUAUCAGAACAUCCAGAGGACGAUGGCCACAGAAGAUGAACCGGCUGCUCGUGAACCUGACAGAAACGGCGGUGGAGACACAGAUGAGUCCACAGCACAAGCUGCAGAUCAGCGAAGGGAAGGUCCUUCGUCUCCUGUCAGUAAUCAGAGCGUCACGCUGAUGCUUCAGUCUCCGGCCGUGAAGUUUGUGACCCACCCAGAAUUCUUCACUGUCCUCCACGCUAACUACGGUGCGUAUCGGAUGUUUACUAACAGCACCUGCCUGAAGCACAUGAUUCUGAAAAUACGGCGAGAUGCGCGCAACUUUGAGCGAUAUCAACACAACCGCGACUUCGUCACUUUCCUCAACAAAUUCGCCGAUACUCAGCUGGAGCUGCCGAGAGGCUGGGAGAUCAAGACAGACCCGCAGGGCAAGUCGUUCUUUGUGGACCACAACAGUCGAGCGACGACCUUCAUCGACCCCAGGAUUCCCCUUCAGAACGGACGUCUGCCGAAUCACCUCACACACAGACAACACUUACAGAGACUGCGCAGCUACAGCGCCGGAGAGCCAUUCAGAGGUGGACUUGCUGGUGUGUUUUGGAUCAUUAUCCUGCUGCAGAACCCAAGUUUGCUUGAGCUUGAGGUCACAACAGAUGGCCAGAUAUUCUCCUUCAGGAUUUUUUGGUAAACAGCAGAUUUCUCCAUUUAUCACAGUAAGUUUUCCAGGUCCAGAAGCAGACCAUGACACUACCACCACCAUAUGCAGCAGCUAGAGUCCUUAUGAGGUCAAGAAAAUAUGAUCAUAUUACCCCAA